CUCCAACUCUCCUCCAUCUCCUCAUUUCCCAUCCCCUCUCUCGUAAACAUGAACCAGCCACCACCGCCCACCGCCGCCCAGGCCUACCCCAACGUCAACCCUUACCCCGCCCCCGGCGCACAAGAGGGCCCCUCGCCGGCAUCGCCCCCUCCCCCCGCCGCUGGUCCCGGCGCUGGUUUCCCCAUGCGCUCAGGACUCGCGGGCAUGCAGCCACACAGCAUGGCCACCGCCCCCUCCUACGUUCCCGGAACGGGCGCGGGCAUCCGCGGUGGGCUGCCAGAGGAGAAAAAUGUCUUUGAUGCACUCAAGGAGAACACGAAUGUCUACGCCCGCCGCUGGCAGGCGCUGCUGGACCGCUCGACGCCGCACACGAUGGAGCGUUGGCUCGGGACCGUGACGCUCUUCAUCCUGUUUUCGCUCAGCGUCGUCGUCCGACAGGGAUGGUACAUUGUCAUGUAUGCGCUGUGCAUUUACAUCUUGAACCUGUUCCUCGCGUUCCUCCAGCCGCGCUUUGACCCGUCGCUUGCGGCGGAUCUCGCUGCCGACGACGUCGAGGAGGGAGCGCCUGGUCUUCCGGGCUCUGAGCGCCCCAAAAGCUCGGACGGCAUCCGCGGGCUUCUCUCGGGCUUCUCAAGCAACAAUGACGACGAGGAGUUCCGCCCCUUCAUCCGCCGUCUUCCAGAGUUCAAGUUCUGGUACUCGGCGACCAAGGCCGUUGUCAUCUCGCUCGCAUGCACCAUCACCCGUGCGACCGAUGUUCCUGUUUACUGGCCUAUCUUGCUCAUCUACUUCUGUGUCCUGUUUGCCCUAACUAUGCGCCGCCAGAUCCAGCACAUGAUCAAGUACAAGUACAUCCCCUUCGAUCUGGGCAAGAAGCGCGGCUACGGCAAGAAGUAGAGUGAUUUACUAGCAAACCGAGCAGCCGGAAACUGCAAGACCGCGUGAGAUGCGACGCAAACACGUCGGAAACCCUCCUCUCAUAUGAGGAGGCGCCGCACCGAUUGGGAGUAUGGAUUUUUGGACGCCCACCCGUGCGGCUCACUACACAUAGACUGAGAGUGCAUUGACGGAUGCAUGUCCUGGGGUGAUGAUGAUGCAUGACCGAGUGAUUGUG